CUAUCCUGCGCGCUUCAACUUGUAUCUUGCAUGACUGCUGUUUCUUCCAUUAACCACACCUCAUCCUGCCCUUGCUGACACCCCAAUAUCCUUCAUCUCUCCCGCAUUCCUCCUGUUUGACGCGAGACUGUCCUCCUCUCAUUCUUCUCGCCUCCGUCAUUGCUUUGUUGCCUGAUCUGCAACCACUGACAAAGCCUGAUCCCAACCCGAUCACUUUACCACGUUUCGUCACUACACUCGUCUUUUGUCCACCCCCCAUCGACCGCAGACUUUUCAGAACUUAUCGUGCAGUCGCUCCAUGACACCGUCACGGUAGAACAUUGAGCCAAUCUUGGGUGCUUUUGGGUUGUGCAACUUGGACAACAACGGUAGUUAAGUUCUCCUGUGCACAGGGCUAUGAAAGAUGGUGGAGAACGAACACGGAACUCCCACAUGGAAGUUCACGCAAUGUUUUGGCGAUAAAGGGGAUGUCGAAGACAUCACAGAGGCGGACAUCAUCUCCACGGUUGAAUUCGACCACACAGGAAACUAUCUAGCAACCGGCGACAAAGGAGGUCGUGUGGUGUUAUUUGAACGCAACGAGACUAAAAAGACCUGCGAGUAUAAAUUCCACACGGAAUUUCAGUCCCAUGAACCCGAGUUCGAUUACCUCAAAUCCCUCGAAAUAGAAGAAAAGAUCAACAAAAUCAAAUGGUGCAAACGCCAGAAUGCCUCCCACUAUCUCCUCUCUACCAACGACAAAACCAUCAAAUUGUGGAAGGUUUUCGAAAAGUCACUGAAGGUGGUGGCAGAAAAUAAUCUGUCCACAGACUUGACACCGGGCGGAGUGGGAGGAGGUGGUGCCCCUCGUCCCAUUCAUGCCCGCUUCAAGGAUGCCUCGCAGUUGAAGCUCCCUCGAUUGACGCAUCACGACACGGUCGUAGCAGCGGUUCCUCGACGAACCUACGCCAAUGCCCAUGCAUAUCAUAUCAACAGCAUCUCCGUUAACAGCGAUGGAGAGACUUUCAUCAGCAGUGAUGAUCUACGUAUUAACCUGUGGAAUCUCAAUAUCCAAGACCAGAGUUUCAACAUUGUUGACAUCAAACCUGCCAACAUGGAGGAACUCACGGAAGUCAUCACGGCUGCAGAGUUCCAUCCUAUAAGUUGCAAUUGGUUUAUGUACGCCAGUUCCAAAGGCACCAUCAAACUGGCCGAUAUGCGUGAGAGCGCACUUUGCGAUCAGCAUGCCAAACAAUUCGAGCAAGAAGAAGACCCUUCGUCGCGAUCCUUUUUCUCUGAAAUCAUCUCCUCCAUUUCCGACGUCCGCUUUUCACACGAUGGCAGAUACAUCCUUUCAAGAGACUAUUUGACUGUCAAGAUCUGGGACGUGAACAUGGAAAGACAGCCCGUCAAGACGAUACCGAUUCACGAACAUCUGCGCCCUCGCUUAUGUGACACGUAUGAAAAUGACAGCAUCUUCGACAAGUUUGAAGUCGUCUUCAGUGGAGACGGAAGCAAUGUAAUGACCGGAAGCUACAACAACAAUUUCAUGAUAUACCCAUCGGAUCCCGAGCAAGAGACGGAGGUGGUCUUGCAAGCCGACAAAUCGGCCUUCAAGGCUAAGAAAGUUGGAGUGCCGACCCCUAUCAACUCAGUUGCUAAUGGCGGCAAGAAAGGAAGUUCAAGAGCUGGAAGUCCCGCAGCCGGCACAGGCAGCAGGAUGAGGAAAGAGACUGAUGCAGACCAAAUUGACUUCAACAAGAAGAUACUUCACAUGAGCUGGCAUCCUUUCGAGGACAGCAUUGCCAUUGCUGCAACAAAUAAUCUUUUCGUCUUCUCUGCCCUCUAGACCCGGUCACUGGCAUGUGAUGAACCUGCAUUCAAAGCUCCUCUUCCUCUUGUCCGGAACAGCUGCCGGCGCUCAGAACGCUGCUGCUUUCGCUUUCGCUGGAGGUUGCCUUGAUUUGUGCCCAGGCAGAAACCAGGCUGCCCAAGCCUGCCGCAGCCUGUCCGGAGUAGGUUGGAUGAUGGGAGACAUGCUACUGCCUGGGCUUGUCGACCUGAGACGUCUCCACGCGGAUGCGAUGGGUGGAAUUGAAUUUGCUCGGUCUCACCGAUGCGAGCAGGUCCUUUUCCUGUACCUCCUGUACCCCUAGGGGGCAGAUUGCUACGAAUGGCUACUUCUUGGAUUUUGCGAUCGAAUUCUUGCAUUGCUGGAGAUGAGCUUAGAUGAGUCGGUAUCUGGGAAAGGGUUGAGACUAUCCUACUUCCAGCAUAUGAAUGGUCGUGGUCGAUGACUUUCAACUUGGGACUUUGUUUCAUGCUGUAAUGGAGCUGGGAACGGCAGCGAAUGAUGUGUGGGCGACAGGCAAGAGUGACCAGGCGCAAGCUAUCGGAUCGAGAGGAGUGCAAAAGCAGGUCAGAAGGGACAGACUAGGCCGAGAAGCAAGUAGACGAGAAAUGAAAUGCGUAAAAACUUGA